AUGCCGGAGCCUCCGGAGCUGGAGGAGGAAAAUGAUAGCUGCUGCUGCUUUCGGACCUCUGCCUUCUUCCUCCUGGGAGUAGUUUGCGCCUGUCUCCUGCCUUCGUUUCGAUCUUCCACAAGUUUCAUCACUGGCAUCCAUCUCUAUGGCAAAGUCGGCGCCACUGGCAACAGCACAAGUGCCUUUGUUGUGGCUUUGGAGAUGGCCUCGACGCUGCCGACCACCGUCGCCCCGUCCGUGUCAACGACCCCAGCAUCGAUUAAGCCGGCCACUACGACUACCAGCAUGCCCCUCAUCAAAACAACGACGACCACUGUGAAGAAUGCUCCUCCAAAGAGCAAUUCCCUGUGCUCUGCUACCAGGGAGUGUGGGAACUGGGUGAGGAUGUUAGCACCUGACGCGCAGAGUCAGACACUUGGAGGUCAUCCUGCUUUCCGGAAUAAGCAUAUCGUAAUGAUUGGUGACUCACGAAUGCGAUACCAAUACAUGUCCCUGGCGUACUUCUUUACGUCUGGUGCCUUUGCCACGGGCGACGAUUUGUCUUUGCUGACCAGCGCCGAGAAGUCUGGAAAGAAUUGGGCCAAUUGGUUCAAUCGCACGAACCACCUCCUGAAAUACGAGCUGUGCAAUUGCUAUCGACCGCAGGGUGGCAUGAAGGAUACGGUGGAGCACCGGUACUACCGCAAUCCUCACAAGAUGGUGGCAAUUACCUAUCUGCAGAAAUUUGGGGAAGCCUUCCUUCCCCUGAGGGGUCACUGGCAUGUAAACGGCACCAGCAUUGACCUCUGCAAUUGUCAGUGCGGUCCAAAUAAGUGCCAUCCCGCUAUAGAGACUCCGCAAUGGUCUGCAAAGGACAUGCUCGAGCUGGGAAAGAUCGUCUCGGAUCUGAAACCGGACUACGUGGUGUUCCAUCCUGGCUGGGAGGAGCUGGUGGGCGUCAAGAAUGAAGAUAUAGUCAAGUUCUUUUCGACGGUCCAAGCGUCUCAUCCGCCGGUGCAGCUGUAUUUCAAAACCCGUCUGCUCCGAUCCAACGACCAGUACGAGUCUUUCAUUACAUGGGCGAACAAGUAUUACAAGGAGUUGUACAAGACCCUGAAGUUUGCAGAUCACGGUUGGCAUAUGUGGGACGUGUCGAACAUGACGGCGUCCUGGAAGGCCAAUGACAGCAAAGCCACCUUCAUGUGGGAUCAGUAUCACUAUGAUCUCCCAUCUAACAAUGCGAUGAAUAGGAACAUGUUGAAGACUCUCUUCGGUGUUGAUGUCCGGUAA